AUGGGAUGCAGAGCAAGAAUAUAUGUGAAGUUUGAUAGAGAGAAGGAAGAUUGGGUGUUGUUGAAGGUAGAAUUGAAGCAUUCGCAUCCAUGUUCUCCUAAAAAGAUGAUGAACUACCAUGAGUAUAGAGAGUUGACCAUGCAUACUAAAUACGUGAUUGAGGAUAACGAUGAGGUUGACAUACGACCCAAUAAGACAUAUUUAGCACUAGCUAAUGAGGUUGGUGGAUCAUCGAACCUGGGUUUCUUAGAAAAGAAAGUGAGGAAUUACAUUACAUCCAAACUCCGGCAUGGAUUAUCGUUCGUAUCUUUUGUCGGUGUCGAUCACCAUGGAAAGUCUACUCUUCUUGGUUGUGCUCUACUAGGGAACGAGAACAUUCAUAAUUUUGAGUGGGUGUUCACGCAAUGGGUGAAAUGCAUGGGAAUUGUGCCACAGGGAAUUAUCACUCGCGACCAAUGCAAGGCCAUGUUUAGUACAAUUAAGAAGGUCCUACCCCAUACACGCCACCGAUGGUGCAUCUGGCACAUAUUGAAAAAGAUAUCGCAAAAGCUCAGAGGUUAUGCUCAGUUCAGAGAGUUGAAUGCUAAAUUGAGUGACAUUGUAUGGAAUUCUCGUUCGGUUGAGUCAUUCGAGGAUGAUUGGACUGAAUUCAUAGAUAAGUACAACCUAGAUCACAACACAUGGCUAUCAGGUUCGUUACUUUAA